CUUCAAGGGAAAGCGAGCCAAGGAUUUUCCCAUUUCUGAAAACGCAACCAUGAUAGAGUGAUCAUCCGAGUUGAAGCUCUUCUCUUGCGUCUCAGUUUGGUCACUGGAUUCUAGAAACAACAAACAAGUUACUGUGUUCCUGUACUUGAGUUUACUCCAUGGUAUCUCUGGGAGCAUGUAUACACCUGGAAACAUAGGUUUUGAUAUACUGGUUGCAUGGAGCUCAAGAGUUAGGAUUAAGCAGAGUUUACAUCAGGUUUUCAGUGGACAUAUUGUUGCAUCAAGAUUUACACCACAUAAAAUAGUCAUAUAUGGAGUAUACUGUAAUGACUGUUUAUGUUGUUCACCAUGAUCUAUGACCCUUUUUAGCCUCCCAUCAUUCAGCUGCCAUGGCUCUUGAGUGCUCAGAAUGUGGUAAACAGUUUACAAAUAAAGAGGCUCUCAAUAAACACAUGUUAAUGCAUACAUGGGAAACACUUUACAGUUGUGAACAGUGUGGGGAGAACUUUUCACAAAAGGUUUCUCUUAAGAAACACAUGAUCUGUCAUGGUGAUAAAAAAACAUUUAAAUGUGAACUAUGUGGGAGUGUUUAUAGUGCGAACAAGAAUUUGAAGAGACAUCUGAAAACUUGUGGCAGUACAGGAAGCCUUAGUAAAACAAAAUGCCUCCACCCUUCGUGUGAGAAGAGGUUUUUCCAUGUAACCAAGAUGAUCCAUCACCUGGAGAGCCACCACUCAGGAAUGAAGGUGGAAGUCAGUGAGAUUCAUUUCCAGUCACUCUCGGACUUUACAGAAUGGAAGGAAGAGGAAGAAUACCAGACCCACACAUUCUUCAGUAGGGCCAGUGGAAAGACACACCUGAAGGGGGCAGUGUACUGGUACUUCACCUGCCAGCAUGAUGGAUCAGCCAGGUUCCAUUGCAAGAAGGGUGAGGCAGGGAGACUUACUAACAGGAAGUGGAUGAAGGGGAGAGUAAAGACUGGUCUCACCUGUCCCUCCCGCAUCAUGGCCAGGCAGUUCAAUGAUGGCAGAGUCUCAGUGAAAUACAUAUCCACCCACAGUCAUGAUGUCAUCUCUGAGAACAGGAAGUUCCAGCCUUUGUCAGGAAGAUUGCUGAGUAAGGUGAAGCAGCAGUUGGCAAAUGGAAUCACUCCCAAAGAAAUUCAGAAGAACCUACAAAAGGGCAUUGUUCUCAAUAAUGAUGGAGUGCCAAAGAAAGAUCACCUGGUGACACUGAAGCAGCUUAAUCAGCUUAAGAGGAAAAUCUGGCAGAAAUCUCAGCCAAGACUUAGUGACUUGUGUUCACUUGUGUCCUUAGUCAGUAAGCUCAAAGAAAGUCCAUCGGAUCCAGUCAUUGUGUACAAGCCUGAUGGACAAAACAUUGUUUGUGGAAACUCAAAUCUUGCUGACUUGCCACACUCACUAGAACUUGUCACAAUAGGCCUUCAGACAGAAGAACAACUGAAAAUCAUAAAAGACAAUGUUUUGAGAAUUGUGAGUAUUGUGCCAAUUAAUUGGUUCAGUGAAAUGGACAUUUGCAUGGUUAGUUUGGUGGUGCCAGAUGACUGUGGGUCUGGUCAUCCCAUUGCACAUUUCAUCACAAACUAUGUAGAUGAAGCAACUUUGAAGUGUUUAUUUUUGAGCCUUUUGGAGAGAUGUCCUCUUUUGAAGAUCAAUGCUAUUAUGACAGAUGAAAACAACUUUGGUUUAAAUGCUCUUAGGUCAGUGUUUGGGGAUACAAGACAUCUUCUUUGCCAGGGCCACACUAGAAGAAAUUGGCAGGAGAAAUUACAAAAACUGAUAAACUGUGAUAAAACCAGGUAUGAGGUGUCCGCAAUCUUGGACAUGUUGUUGUAUGAAAGGGAAGAAGAAACAUUUAAACAGAUGUGUUAUACUUUCAUUGAGAGUUAUGGUAAAACAUGCUCAGCAUUUAUAGAGUACUUUUGUGAGCAUUAUUUGGACAGACAGCUGAAGUGGGCCAGUUGCUUCAGAAGACUUCCUGAAGGUGGAUUUGAUUCUAUGGAAUAUGGUGAAGCCUUCAAAAGUAGACUUAGAAGUUAUCAAAGAGAGAGGAAUUGUGCAAAUGCAAUGAGUGACUUAGUGCUAACACUCCUAGCUUUGGAACAGGGAGACUCUGUAAACACUGUAGACCACAGAAGACAGCAAAUUGAUAAAACUAACAGACACACCAAGGGAAUGCAAAUUCCAGACAGCAUUGUGUCCCAGGAGAGUGGAGUUUGGAAAAUUACUGAUGGAAGUCACUGUCAGGGUUUUUACUAUGUUACAAAGGUUGCAGAUGUUUGUCAAGAAGAUCUCUGCUUCCAGAAGUGCUUAGACUUAUCAUGUGUUGGUUUGUGUUCUCAUCUUUAUGUGUGUAAUUGUGAAGACAUGACAGGGCUGUGUAGGCAUGUUCACAAAAUACACUCUAUGGAAUUUAGGAAGCAGAGUGCACUGAAGAGUGAACAAGAAAUUUAUUAUGAGCAUGAACAAGAGGUAUAUUGUAGUAAAGAAGAUGUAGUUUAUGAAGCACAAGAACAAAAAAAUUAUAGUGAACAAGAUGAACUAGUAAGUUGUGAACCAGAACACAGCAUAUAUAUUGCACAAGAAAUGUCACUCAAACAGGAACCUGAGUUGUAUUAUGAACAAGAAAUUUUUAUUGAACAGGAACAAGAAAUUUGUAGUGACCAGAAACAGAACUUGUAUGAACAAGUUCUUGUUUAUGAAGAACUUGGAGGAGAGGAUUUUGUUGAAGAAAACAUGAAUCAUCAUUGCUCAGAGCUUGGAACUAUCAGUUGCAUAGCAGAUGAUAAAAUGUGCAGGCAGAAAAUGAAUCAUAACAUUGAAAAACGUGAAACUCCCUCUUCAGAGCAUGAACAUUCAUUAGCAAAGGAAGGUAGCACCUCUGAUGCCAUUAUUACAAACAUCAACAGACUCAAAUACUACAUGAAAGAUCCGAAGGUAAAAAAACUCCUCUUGUCACACAUCUCAGGCACUAUGAACAAGCUUGUUAUGCAUUGUGAGGCUGUGUCUCCUGAAUCCAAAAAGGUGAGCCCUUCCAGUGCUGUAUCAGAAGGGGAGGUAUUCAGUCCUUCUAUCACUCUUGUGGAUUGCCAGUCCUCCACUCCCUCUGUCUCUGUUGUGCAUCCUGGAGAUGCAAAUUCUGGUGCUGUUGAAUACUUUCAGCCCAAGUGAAUUGAAUUAAAUACUUUUAAGACAUAUAUUACAGAGCCAUCAAUUUUUUUUUUUAGCCAACUUUAUAGAAUCAUCCUCUUUCAUAUAUGUUUUUAUGUUACUGACAUAAAUGUUUAUGCCUAGAAUUUCUAACUCGAGUGGGCUGAUUUUGUAAUGGGCUCUAUUUUUUUAUCCAUAUUUGUAGUCUGCACACUUCUUUUGGUAAUAUUUUGUAUAGGUCUAUGUACAAAAACAAAAGUAUCAUGCAUCACGACUGAUAUGAAAAGCCUGUAUGGUAAUUUGAAGAAAUAAUAAAUAUAUCUCUUAUGUUUGAGGGUUGCCAUAGUGGAGUGGUUACCCUUGCAAUUGGAACUAGGAGGUCUCUAAAUACAUUGGUGCAAGUCGUGGCUGUAGUCCAAGAUUGGGAAUGGCAACCACUUGGGGUCUCCACCUGCCAAGUAAAAGCCCUUCAGACAAAGUAAGGUACCGUCCUAGCCCUAAUUUAUUGAGUAAAUCCAGUCACACAUAUCUUUUGUAUGUGAAGUGAAACACACAAUGAAAACAAAUUUUUAGUCUGUGAACCUUACCAAAGAUUGAUUUCUGUGUUCUCAGCUGUGAAGUGCAUAUUCAGAUUGUUGAGGAUAAAUUUAUGGUUUUACUGCAAAAAAUUUGAGGGUUUUGGAAAAUAUUGAACUUGUACAUUAUUUUUGUUAUGCACAAUCUUUAUAAUAAAAUCACUCUUUUUGUUUUUCUCUAUUUGAGAAAGCUGUUAUACGGUAUAUGUUUUUUUGUGUUGCUAUUUAUUAUCUAUUUGAGAAACUUCUUUGAGAUAUUAAAAAUUAUUAUUGUAUAUAUAAAGA